AUGAAAUAUUAUUUUUACUUCCAGACUAAUCUUGAAAUAAAUCUUAAUGGCAAUCUUACUAAUUCAUAGUUUAAAUUUCAAAAAUAAUGGUAUAAAUGAAAAUGAUAAAAUUUAUGAUUGGGUAGGAAUAGCUGAAGUAUGAAAUUAAUUAGACGAUAGUAUUCUAAUCUUUUUAUUUAAAGUGAUAGAGAAUAAUGUCAAUUCAAAUUUAUAAGACUAUGAGAUUAAGAUGACACUAUAUCACAUUAUGCUGUUAAUUUAGGAAGAAAUGAUAAGAUAUAAUCAUAUAAAUUUCUAAAUUUCUUAAUUAUAUUUUGACAAUCAAGAUUAAAUAUUUAAAUCAAAUAUUACUAGUGCUUAUAAAUAAUCAAUUUAUCAAAAAUUUUAGAACUUUAAAAUUUAUUAUGGAAUCUAACCAGAAACUAACCAUUUUCAGUAGGGAACCAAGACAUUAACCUUUUUGGUAGAACUCCUUUUGAUAAUAGAGGAAAAAUUGGUGGAAAUUUGA